CUCCCGUUCGCUGUCUCACUAGCUGUGUGACACUCUUCCUGCUGUUUCUAAGGCACGAUUUGGAAGGAGAGAAAUCUGUCAUUGCAGUCUAUCUGCUAGAGGAAGUCACCAGCUCUGGGCUUUUGGACAGCAAAAUUAAACCUUUUAAGUAUACUUACUUAGUUCUGAGAAGACCAUGGAUUGGAUGUUCCACUAGGAGUGUAUUCAACAGUGCUGGAUGGUUGCAAUUAGGAGAAACAUUGCAGUAUCUGGAUGGAGUGCUAAAUGUGUGGAAUCAGAUCUGGACUUCAGAAACUUUAUGAGGAAAAAAUUGCUGAAUAUUUAUCAUAAGGUUAUUCCACGCCAAAGGACCUAACCAAUCAGAGGCUGGAGGAGCAGAUCCAGAUAGGGUGAAAGUCCAAGUUUAAACCAAACCAACCAGUAUAUCAUGAACAUACACUGAGGGGAUCUGUUUAUGGUGCAAAUGUGCCGUGUGUGUGCAUGAUGUGAUUGCCCUGGGAUCUCCUGGCGUCCUGUCAGGGGUGUAUUCCCUACUCACGCCCGGUGUCUCCCCCGUACUCUGCCCAGGAUAAAGCUGUUACAGAAGAUGAGUGAAUGAGUGUGCAAGGAUUUUCUCUUGGGCAAAAUGUCCGCAUGAAUUCCAAUACAAUAUAAUAUUUAUAUAAUAUAAUGUAACUAAUGUGUUUAUGUAUUGAAGUAUCAGGUGUGAAAACUCAAGACAAAGCCAGGAUGGAUGCCAAAAGGAAAGAGAUGGACCUUUUGAGCAACAGUAUUGCUGCCUUUGCUCACAUAAAAGAUAAUCCUGAGAAGUUGGGCCUCUACUUUGUCCUUGGAGUGUGUUUUGGCCUGGUGCUUACCCUCUGUCUGUUAGUAAUACGAAUUUCCUGCAAGCCUCGGACUACGACUGCGCCACCCACUCCAGAAAGAAAACAGCUGAAGGACUUUUGUGAAGAUGAUGAAGAUGAAGAUAGUGAUGAUGAUGAUGAGGAGGAGGAGGAGAAUGAGGACAAAGUAGGAGACGUGGAAGCUAUUACCCACUGCAGCACAGAGAUCCCCAUGGGCAACCACCACAGCACAUUGGAUGGAAAUGUGAAUGUGUUUACCUCAGCGGAGGAGCUGGAACGAGCCCAGCGCUUGGAGGAGAGAGAGAGGAUCAUCAGGGAGAUCUGGAGAAAUGGACAACCAGACAUCCUGGGCACAGGAACCGGCACCAUUGGAAGGGUGCAUUACUAUUAACACUCAUUAGAAUUGAAUGUGGUCCCAGUACAAGACUUUUAAAGAAAAUCUUGGACUCUAAUGUAUUUAGAGUGUUCAAGCCCACAUGUAGAACAGUGGCAAGCACACUUACUGCACAAGAGCAUACUUUGGUGCUAUGUUGUACAAUGAGACAGAUGUUGAGGAGAAUAUCCUAGUAGAGACGAUAGCUGUUUUUAAAUGCACUCAUAACAGUCACAUUCCCCUUAAAGGUUUUCAGGGUUGAGAAUCAGGUUUUGUACAAUAAUGUUAUCAUGUUAUCUAGUGGUCAGCCAUUUGCACCACUCCACUAGGCCCUUUUUUCUGAUUUUAUUUUUAUUUUAUACUUUUUGCCUUGUAAAUAGUGUUGUUAGUAUUAUGCAAAGUCUUAUAUUACAUUGGUAAAUUCUUAUAUCACAUCAGUACAUUUAUACUGACAUCAGAGCCCUAUCAUUGGCAUUACUUUUUGUUGUUCAACAUAUAUCUUUUUUUUUUUUUUUUUUUUUUUUUAAACUAAGCUUAGGCAAUUGGGUUUGUCAAGUAGUUUAUCGAGUGCCAAAUGUUCUAUCACUGGUGUUGCAUUUUAUUGCAUCAAAAGAUCAGACAUUGCUUAAGAUAAUAUUUUUAUAAGGGCUGAAAUCACAGUGUCCUCAUUGUGAACAGACCAAUAAACAUUCUUAAAUUAC